UUACAUUCCUUCCUUCAUAUAAAAGUCCUGCACAAGAGCAAGCCAAAGGAUUCCUCUUUGGCAGCUUGGUUCCAGUCCAUCAGUCUCUUUUCUAAACCCAUGCCGACAUUUUGACAGAGUUUCAAGAAGGUCUGUCUAAAAAACAUAGUAACUAUGAAGGAAAAUGAGGGUCUUCUAAUUUUUGUAGCCUUUGUAAUGCUACUACUUUGGGGAGGCUGGGCAGAAGGCAGUACACAUGACCAUAUUAUUCGUCGACCAUAUCCUGUUCCUUUGAAUGGAUGUCCAGCACACCCAACCUCUCCAACCUACUGCUCUUUUGUCGGCAGGGGAGAUCUCAAUUCUACUGUUGAAGACUUAUGCCAUUUUUCUAUGCCACAAUAUGCCUGCGGCUUUGUAGAAAAGGUUUCCAAUCUGACCUCAAAAAAACUGGUCUCCAUUCUCAUGUGCUCUCUGAGGGACCCUGCCACCCAGCCUGAUCAAGAGGCUUUCUUGCUGCUUUUUGAAAGAGUCAAGCUCAGCACUUUGCAGGAUGCUCUGAAUCAGAUCAGCAUGGAGAUCUCCAGAGACCAGAUGUUACCAUCUUUCAAAAGAUUCUUGCUGAAUGCAGUAUGGGAAAAAAUUAAGACAGAUCCUUUAGUAUGGAGUGCUGGCUUCCUCUCCUCUUGGUUCCAAGAGACGAUGCAUUCUUACUUGACAGAUGUGAACACUAACAUCUUAGACUGCAUGACUCAAAUUCCGAUCAGCUGUGAUGGCUUCAGAACAAUUGUCCAGGCCUUAGACAGUGUGUACCUUGACAUGGAUAACAGCACAAGACAGUUGGUGGCCAGCUGGAUUGGAAGAUUCCUUACUGUAUUCCGGUGCCAGAAAAGAUCACAUAAAGAAUGGAUACAAAACAAUUGGAAGAGCUUUCAAAAUUAUGCCUCCUAUAAUGACUUCACAAAGAUCUGGAGUGGUUUUGAUGGGUUUGCUGCUCUCGAUGUCCUUACUGCUUCCCAGCUGUCCCAACUGAUUGUCACUCAUGAGGUCCUUGCCAAUUUCACCCUAAUGGAACCUGUUGCCAAAGCCCUCAGCACCCAGGAUGUCCUUUAUAUAGACGGCUUCCUGGAUGAGUUGUCCAGAUCACCCCUUGACCUCCUGCUUGACCACAAAGCUGCGUCUCUUGCCCUGGAGACCAUUCUGACCAAGAUCAACCACAGCUUUCCUGAUCAUUGCUCACCCUCCCUGAAAGACCUGUUCCAAAUCAAACUUGUGCGCUUGCUGCCGUUUCUUGAUACCAAGAUGAUGAUGCUAUUUCCAACUCAGAUAGGCUGUGUGGACUUCCAUGAUAUCUACAAAGGUCUAAAUUCUGUUUAUUACAAACUAAAUCCAAUGACUCAGCUUGCUGUCUUUCAUAACCGUUUGAAUUUCCUUGAAGGGCAGCUUGCAAAAGAAGGAGUUGCAUGCACAUUCACAGCUUCAAACAGUAGAGAUUGGCUGCAUGAAAACUUUGGACAUUCCAGUUACUUGGCUGAUUACAGCAACUUUGUCCACUUGAAUCCAUCUUUCAAUGGAUUUGAAGUGCUGGAUUUGCUAACAUCAACCCAGAUUGGAACUCUGGUAGUUUUGUCUGGCAUUCUGACUGACAGCUCAAGAAUGAAUGCAGAGAUGGAGGCAGUCAAUGUGAUGAACAUUUUCCAAAAUCGAAAUGUAUCUGAGCUCCAGACUUUUCUCCUCAAAAUCAGUGCACUUGCAGAACAGAACAACUUAGUGGAAAUAAUCAGUGUGAGAGUACGUGGCAUCAUGCUAAAGGGAAUUUUUCAAAUCCUAAAGCCACAUUUUGUCUUCAUGAGGAUAACUGAUUUGGAGCUUUGGUUCAGUAGGAUUCUGACAUUGUAUCUGCCCUCCAUCACUGUUCAAGAGCUGAAGAUUCUUCCUUCUCCAUCCAACUGUACCCACUUGCAUGUUAUUGUGAAAGGAUUGGAUUAUGUGUUUGACCUAAUGUUGUUGGAGACCAAAAUUGAAGUGGCUCAGUGGAUUAAAACAACUCUUCAAAAAAUUGAUUGCCAUACAAUCGAAGACUGGUUAUCCCUCACUUUCCAGAGAUUCAGAUCCAUGAUUAACCUCACAGAUCUGAUGUCGAUUGAUUCCAACUUCAAUGGGAUAGCCUAUGUAAAGGAACUCUCAGUUGCUCAACUUGCUCAGCUCACAGUGACAGAAGAAGUGCUCAGCUCCACUGACAAGGUGAUGAAAGUAUUUCAAAGACUGGGUCAUUUCCCAAGCCUUGAAGCCUUAGCAGCAUAUUGGGAUGAAUUCAACAUUGCCUUUGAAAAGCGCACUCUCAACAUUUCAAUGGAAGUGAAAACAUUCUUGCUUACCAAGACAAUUGAAAGGUUGCAGAAGGAAUUUCCAAGUUUCACAGAUCUUGACUAUCAACUUUGGUUUGAAAAGAGGCUUGUGAUGGUGCUGCCAAGUGUAACCACUGCUAUUCUUCAACAAAUCCCCAUCAGUAUUUCCUGCAAAGCCUACGAAUCUGUGAUUGCUGGGAUUGACAGCGGUUUUUUUGAAAUGUCACAGAAAAGGAAAACAGAUAUUUUAAACUACAUAGUGUCCUUCCUCACCCAAAAGUCUCAAACAACUGGUCCUAUCUGUUCUGAAAAAACCACAACCAGAAAUUGGCUCCUCACAUUCUUUAGGAGAUUCUCUAUGACUAUGCCAUACAUUCAGUUGAUUUCCUACUACCGCCAGACCUUUGAUGUAUACACAGUUUUGGAUCUAUUAACUCCAAAACAAAUCGGGGAUAUGAUAAUCCAUUCUGACACUUUGACCAACAUCUCUUUGGCAAAACAUCUUGUGGUCUUCUUCCAAGGUAGCAGCUUCAGCGAUGUCCAGAUGAUUCUCAAAGAAUUCACCCAAGCUGCUAUUAAGCACAAGAUUGUUGUCCUUCCAAACCUGGAAGUGACCCAGUUGCUCUUGACAAAUUUCCUGGAACUGGCAUCUUCUCACCUGGAGAUGUAUACUGCAAUUGAUUGGAACAUCACAUUCCAGCAAGAUCUAUGGUUCCUUGCUUAUGCAUUCAAUACUACAACACUUACUUACAUCAUUCCCCAAGACUAUGCAUCCUUCGUGGUUAUUGUCUCAAGGUUUAGCAAUGCACAUGACCAAAUGUCAGAAACCUCAAAGAGAGCUGUAGUGCUCUGGAUUAUUCACUAUCUCAAGGAAUUUAAAGCAUAUCACAUGGAGUUCAGUGAUGAAUGGAUCCAUCAGGCAUGGGGCUUGUUCUUCCAUGAUGCCACCUUGGAAGAAGUGAAAUCCACUCAUGAGAAGUUUGACCCUUUUCAUCUCUUACAUUUCCUGGAUGUUCGCCAGCUGAUUGACUUCAUUGCGACAUCAAAUGCAUUGGUCAAUGUGACCACAAUGAUGCAUGUUCUUUCGACCCUAAAGGAUAAAAACUCUGAAAUUUGUCUUGCCAAAAUGGAUGAAUUCUUGACAAGGCUCAACUUGGUCAUUGAACAGAAGAACAUUAUGAGCCUCAGAAAUGCUAAGGUGAGGCUGGAGGUGCUGAGUACCAUUUUGACAAACCUGGAACGCUAUUUCUACAAAUUUACAGCUUUAGACUACGAUUCCUGGUUCUUAAAUAAACUAAAAUUCCUUCUGCCUAGCAUAAAUGUGAAUUUGUUGCAGCUGAUACCACUGGAUGUCAGUUAUUCUGCCUACAGAGCCAUAUAAUGACUAGAUGACAAG